CUGGCUAUCCAAAGAUGGUUAGCAAAAAAAUAAACGGAAUAUUAAUUUUAUUAACGCUAAUAUGCUUUUCGGAACAGAAAGCAUUAUUAGAAGUGAAAUUACUUGAUUUAGUUGAAGUUGAGUUGCUUAACCCAGUUCAACAAACAUCUACUGCAAGAACCGCUAUAUUAACCAAUGAAAGAAUUAAUUGUGGAACAAGAUCCCAUUAUUGCAUCGGCCCAAUGACUUAUAAGCGUUGUCUUGCUACAAGAGAUGGAAUGAUGGUAACUGUAGGUAAUGGUAUACCAUGUGAGAGAGGUAAAAGGUGUGUAAAUGAUGGAGUUGAUAUAUGUUACACAAUUCAAUCAAUUCAGUCAACCACAAUACCAACAACGACUGUAUCAGAGCAAUCCAAUCAAAAUUCACAGCAAACAAGUAUUUCUAACUUUACCCAAAUGAACACUUCAACAUCUUCACAAAUGUCAGCGAAUAGCAAUACAAUUGCACAAAAUAGUAUUACUCAAGUACCUACAAGUGGAAUACUUAACCAAAUUGGGGAAGUAUUAACGCAAACUGUGCAAGCAGUUACACAUUUAACCACGGGUCAAAGUGGUGGUUCCUCAAUGCAAGCAGGUGGAAAUAUACAUACUCAAACUACACAAGGUUCAAAUUCACAAGCGGGUGGUCAAAAUGGAUCUAGUCUUUCAGCAAUCAGCAUUAGUCAAACAUUAACUAGUGACGGUCAAAGCGACGUAAGUGGAAAUCAAUCAGCGAUACAAAAUCAGUCAAAUUUUUAUACUCAAACCACGAACAUAGAACAACCAACAAUAAUCGGUCAAAGUAAUAUCGCGCAAACAUCAGUUUUUGAGACCCAAAACGGGCAAACCUCCGUCACAACCACUGAAGGACAAAUAAUAGGACAAAAUCAAAUAAAUACGAAUACUCAAUUAACUAAUAUGGGACUAUCGACAACAACAAGCAAUAGCAGCUCUGGACAAACAUCAGCAAUUGGUUCUCAGAACGCACAAUCAGUAAACGAAGCAGCCAAUGUGCAUACAAUAGGACAGGGUCAAGUAACUAUGCAUUCUCAAACUGUGAAUGGUGAACAGUCUUCAAUAUUGGGUCAGAACAGCUCUGGGCUAUCAAUUGUAGGGUCUCAGAAUGGGCAAAUUAUUGAAGAAAACCAAGUCACAGAAUAUACACAAACUGAACGCUAUGAACAAAUUAAGACGGAAGGCUACUCAGGCUCCGGACAGACAACUGAAAUAAUGCAGACAACUAUAUAUACACAAUCCAGCCAAGGUGAAAACAUACCAGCAACAUAUCAACAAAAUACAAGCCAAAACAAUCAGAACAAUUCUAGCCAAACAUCAAUAACCUCUACAAUACCUUCAAAUGGUCCAACGCAAACUACCUCACAACUUAACCCAGGUCAAUUAUCUGUAAAUGAUGUAAAUUUAGGACAAAGCUUAAUAGGUGGCACAAGAGAAGAAGCUAAAGAGUUGUAUUCCAUCGAUACAACCACACAAACAGUGAGCAACAGUAAUGUAAGCGGGUCAAGUCAAACAAUAAUUAAUUCCACAAAUACACAAAUGCAAACGCAGACAAGCCAAACCGAAAUAUUACCAACAACUAAUCAAGGCAACUCAACAAGUCAAACAACAAUUGAUAUAACAAACAAUCUAUCACACAGCUUGCAAACUAUUCCUUCACUACCUAGUGUAACUAUAAACAUAAGCGAAAUCGGAACUUCUGCACAAUCCACAACACGAACAAACUGUGGCACACGAACACAUUACUGUAUAGGGCCAACAACUUACAAACGAUGCCUUCCCACGAAAGAAGGUACUAUGGUGACAGUAGGUAAUGGAAUAACGUGUGAAGAAGGUAAGAUAUGUAUGAACGACGGAGUGGAUGUGUGCUACUCAAUACAGACAACAUCGACUACAUCAACAACAAGCGAAUCACAAGGAAGUCAGCAGCAUGAGCAGACAAGCACACAUACUCAAAUAAUCACAACGCAGCAACAGUCUCAAUCAGGACAAUCACUGUCAGGUACACAUGCUCCCACUUUACCUACGGGUUCUUUUACAGGUAGUAAUCAAACAGAUCUUUCAGCUCAGCAUGGUCAAUUACAAACCGGCAGUCAACUUUCUGGCUCAUCAACGGAUCCUUCUACAAGUACUACUGCAACGGAUCCCUCAGUUCAGCCUGGUCAAGGUGGUCAAACACAAACUGGUACUCAACUUCCUGGCUCAUCAACAGAUCCUCCUACAAGUACUACUGCAACGGAUCCCUCAGUACAAGCUAGUCAAGGUGGUCAAGAGCUUUAUUACUGCGCGAUAUUCGGUGAAAUUGUGAAAAAAUCACCGAUACGUCAGUUUCAAAUUGCGCGUAAAAAUAGACUGAAUGGAGAGAUCGAAAUAGACAUCUGA